CAAUCUGGGAGAUUCGAGUUGAAAUGCAGCCGAAUCUCUUCCCCUUCGGCACCGUCCUCGGAAACCCCUUCCUUUUCAAUGGCGAUUUGAGCGAGGGUUUUGAGAGCUCUAGGCUUUUCUUUUUUCUCCCCUUUUUGUUGUCCCAAAGAGGCGAGAUGGAUUUCUCCAAGGUCGGGGAGAAGAUUCUCAGCUCCGUUAGGUCCGCGAGAUCGCUCGGUCUUCUUCCUUCUUCCACUUCCGAUCGCCCUGAGGUUCCACCUCAAGCUGCAGCUGCUGCAGCUGUUGCUCGUGCCCUUGCUGGUCUCCCCCCUCAUCAAAGAUAUUGCCUCUCAUCAAGCUCCGAGGAACUAAGCUCAAUAUAUGGAGGCAGACCUCAUGGUCAAGUUGUAGCAGAGCUAGAAGAAGACUUUUAUGAAGAGGAAUUUGAUCCCAUAAGGCAUAUUUUAGAAAAUAUUCCAUCUGAAGGAAAUGAGCUGGAGUAUUUUGAGAAACAGGCUGCUCUUAGAUUAGCACAACUGGAUAGAGUAGCCGAACGUUUGUCCCAACAUGUUAUGGAGCAUCAUGAAGUAAUGGUGAAGGGUAUGAAUUUGGUUAGGGAAGUGGAGAAAGACUUAAAGGUUGCGAAUGUCAUCUGCAUGAAUGGAAGAAGGCAUCUAAACUCAUCGGUGAAUGAGGUUUCAAGAGAUCUCAUUGUAAAUUCCCAUUCCAAAAAGAAGCAAGCUCUUCUGGACAUUAUUCCUGUUUUGACUGAGCUUCGUCAUGCAUUGGACAUGCAAGCAGCACUUGAAUCACUUGUUGAGGAGGGAAAUUACUGCAAGGCUUUUCAGGUCUUAUCUGAGUACUUGCAACUGUUGGAUAGUUUUUCUGAGCUUUCAGCAAUGCAAGAGAUGAGCCGUGAUGUGGAGGCUUGGCUGGGGAGAACUCUUCAAAAGCUGGAUUCACUAUUGUUGGGAGUGUGCCAGGAAUUCAAAGAAGAGGGUUAUAUUACUGUCAUUGAUGCUUAUGCACUCAUUGGCGAUGUCUCCGGUCUUGCUGAGAAGAUACAGAGCUUUUUUAUGCAGGAAGUUCUCGCAGAAACCCACUCUGUAUUGAAGGAUACUUUGCAUGAGGAUCAGGAAGUAAAUAAACAAAAUAGUAGACUUACCUACAGUGAUCUUUGCCUUCAGAUACCUGAAUCUAAGUUUAGGCAGUGUUUGUUGAGUACACUAGCUGUCCUCUUUAGAUUGAUGUGCUCAUACCAUGAAAUCAUGGGCUUUCAGCUGGAGAAUAAGGAUUCAUCUAGUCAAACUUUAAAUAUUGUGCUGAAGGCAAAUGAUACCAGUAGGAGUGCAGGAGAGGUCCAGAAAAUUGAGUUGGCAUCUGGAAAUUCUCCAAGAUUAAAUGGUUCUCUUGCUGAAUCAGUGUAUAGAGUUCCUGGUUCAUCUUCUACAGUGGAAGCGACAGCUACCAACUCUUCCCUUGAGGACACUACUAGCUCUACAAGUUCCAUCCAAACAAGCACUAAUGAUCCAGUUGAUGAGGCGAGGAAGGAUGACAGGGCAACAUCAACGAGUGGAUCUCCAUGGUAUCAAUUGCGAAAAGAUGCCACAGGCUUUGUUUCACAAACUCUACAAAGAGGACGCAGGAAUCUUUGGCAACUAACAACUAGUCGAGUAUCAGUGUUGCUUUCUUCUUCUGCCGUUUGUUCUGCUAGUAUUCAUCAAUUCUUGAAAAAUUAUGAAGACCUCAGUGUCUUCAUUUUGGCCGGUGAAGCAUUUUGUGGAGUUGAAGCAGUUGAGUUCAGACAGAAGUUGAAGGUUGUCUGUGAAAACUAUUUCAUAGCAUUUCAUCGGCAGAAUAUCUAUGCUCUUAAAAUGGUUUUGGAGAGAGAAAAUUGGAUUAUAAUGCCACCAGAUACAGUCCAAGUAAUUAGUUUUGCUGGGCUUGCUGGCGAUAGUGCACCUUUACUUGUUUCAUCUGAUGCAAACGCUAGGCGUGCAAGAUUCCUUCAUUUUGACAAGUCUGUUAAAUCAGUUGAUACUGGUGCCAGGAAGAGUGGGUUCUCUCAUUGGCUAAAGAAUGGGAACCCAUUUUUGCUUAAAAUGACGCAAACUUCCAACCAAUCUAACGGAGGAGUCUGUAGUGGACUUGAUGGACAUUUUACCGAAAAUCUUUAUGAUGAUAAGAUUUCUCCACGAAAAAGUGAUGCAAGUCACUUAAAUGGUGCUAAUUCUGUUUUAGAAGAAGAAAAUGAAGAUCUUCUCGCUGACUUUAUUGACGAGGAUAGUCAGCUUCCAAGCCGGAUUUCGAAACCGACACGUUUGCGAAGUCAUUCUUCAGGUUUGACUGAUGAAGAUUGUGCAGCUCAAACAGGAUCAUCGAUUUGCCUUCUAAGGUCAAUGGAUAAGUAUGCAAGGCUUAUGCAGAAGUUAGAAAUAGUUAAUGUCGAGUUCUUCAAGGGUAUAUGCCAAUUGUUUGAGAUAUUCUUUCAUUUUGUAUUUGAAACGUUUGGUCAGCAGAACAAUAACUCUGGUGGAAAAGGUUCAGUUGACAUUAUCAAUAAUCGACUGAAGACAGCAUUAUCAAGGAUAACGCAGGAUUGUGACCAAUGGAUAAAACCCUCGUCUUCUUCACAAGCAUCUCUCACUGCAUCGUUUACACAUGCAGACAUCACUCCAAGUCACGCAUCAAUGUCUUUUGGUCUCAAGGAAAGAUGUGCAGCCGCUGACACUAUAUCUCUUGUCGCUCGAAUGUUGCAUAGAUCUAAAUCUCGUCUCCAGUCGAUGCUUCUUCAAAGUAAUGCUGCUGUUGUUGAAGAUUUCUAUGUACAUUUGGUGGAUGCUGUACCAGAUCUUACAGAGCAUAUUCAUAGGACAACGGCUAGACAAUUGCUUCACAUUAAUGGAUAUGUCGAUCGGAUUUCUAAUGCAAAAUGGGAAGUAAAAGAGCUAGGACUUGAGCAUAAUGGGUAUGUCGAUUUGUUGUUGGGGGAAUUUAAACACUAUAAGACGAGGCUCGCUCACGGGGGAAUUCAGAAGGAGGUUCAAGACGUCCUUUCAGAAUAUGGAAUUGAAAUUGUCGCUGAAACACUUGUUGAAGGUCUAUCACGGGUGAAGAGGUGUACUGAUGAAGGACGGGCUCUCAUGUCACUCGAUCUUCAGGUCUUAAUUAAUGGUCUGCAACAUAUUAUCACCGUAAAUGUGAAGCCCAAGUUACAAAUGGUUGAAACCUUCAUUAAGGCUUACUACCUUCCAGAAACUGAAUUUGUGCACUGGUCCCACGCCCACCCGGAAUACACAAGAAACCAAAUAGUGGGGCUGAUCAACCUCGUUGCCUCGAUGAAAGGUUGGAAAAGAAAAACCAGGUUCGAAAUAUUAGAAAAGAUCGAAUGAGUCUGCAUAUAGCUUCUGAUAACUACAUGGUUCCAAUCAUAAUUAAUCUCAUGUGCUGCUCCUGUCUUUAUUCUUUCCUCCUUUUUCACACUUUCGAUUUGUUUACUCUCAUCUUAAUCCCCCUUUGAGGUUUUGUAUAUUUGGUGAUAAUUUGAUUUAUAUCAUACUCCCUAUUAUAUGUAGCAUAGAUUAGCUCAAAUCAAUGUUGUAUAUCUUCUCAUGUCAGUUUGUAAAAUAUGGUUAUCCCUCCAGGGAUCAUCAAAUGUAAUUUUGGAUAAAGCUUUUAUUCAAAUAAUGGUAUAUAUAUACAUAUAUAUCCCAGGAGAAGUAAAAUUAUGAGUUUAUAUCGAUUCAGAAAAAAGUUU